CCCAAGAGGAAGUCCAUUGCGCACUACAAACUUCAGUGCAGGUCUGUGAUACGAACGAACAUGUCAAGGUUGACAACUAAGGGAAAAUGCAUUUAUCAUUUUCUUCGUAACCUGAGACUUACACGGAAAUGUGAAGCUAUUCAUGCCAGCUCUACGACGGGCAGGUUUAAAUCGCAUGACAACCACAUGGGGGCCUGGAAGUAUAUGUCCACCGUUUCUUCACGAAAUGGACAGUCAAAAUCAGUAUGCUCACCCAGAAUCCUGGAACAGCUUAAGUUGCUCUACACAGGACAAGAGGUGCAGUCACUACGAAGAAAUCUCCAUGUUACAACUGCUACACUUGCUGAACAAGUAUCCCAGAAGAGUGAGAUGUCAGAGGCAGUCUACGAGAAACUAGUCGAUGAAACGCUGGAAGCACUGGCAGACUAUUUUGAGGAUCUGAUGGAUCUGUCCCCUACGCCUUCAGACUAUGACGUGACCUAUUCUAGCGGAGUGCUGACGGUGAAAGUGGGCGGAGACCAUGGCACUUACGUCAUCAACAAACAGACGCCAAACCGGCAGAUUUGGCUCUCCUCCCCUACGAGUGGGCCAAAGCGCUACGACUGGACGGGCGAACGUUGGAUAUACUCACACGACGGCAACUGCCUCCACGAGCUGCUCUCUCGGGAGUUCUCCGCCAUUUUUAACUCCGACAUGGACCUGUCAAACUUGAUUCAUUCCUAAUUGGAAGGACGCAGAAAUAUUUUUUUUUUUUUGCAUUGUUAUUCUUCCAUAUAAAUAUGAGCUCGCUGACGAUGUCAGUGAAUGGUAAGCCAUUCAAAAACGAUGUGAAAGCUGAGCAGUCAGUUUCUGUAAGUGUUUUAACAGCUGUAUGAGUACUACGGCUGAAGCAAGCUAAAAGAUUAAUGUCCCGUGGCUAAUUAACGUAUGUAAUCGAUCCAGAUACCAACAAUAUUACACGGACCAUUAGGUUCUUCAUUCAGCGGAGUCUCGUGAUGGUUUAUGUACAAAAUAAAGGCGUUAAUCAUU